AUGGGUAGGUACGAAGCUACAUUUAUCAAUAAGAUUGUUAAGGAGAUCUUAGUCGACGUACUACAACACACAUAUUUGAAUGUGGCCAAAUACCCAGUUGGAAUACGGUCUUGUGCAAAGGAGGUGGAGAAGAUUUUAGGUGUUGGUGCAAAUGGUCGUUGUGUGGUUGGGAUUUGGGGGACAUCUGGAAUUGGCAAGACAACAAUUGCAAAAGCUGUUUAUAAUGCAAUUGCUCUUAAGUUUCAAGGUAGUUGUUUCCUGGCAGAUGUUAGAGAAACAUCAAUACAACAUGGAGGAUUACUCCAACUACAAAAGACUCUUCUAUCUAAAAUUCUAUGCGAUACAGAGUUGAAAGUUGUUGACGUUCAUGAAGGAAUCAGCCUUAUGAAGAAACUGUUGAGGAAAAAGAAGAUUCUCUUAAUUCUUGAUGAUGUGGAUGAAUUGAAGCAGUUAAACAACUGGGUUGAAGUCGAUUGGUUUGGUGAGGGUAGCAGAGUGAUCAUAACCACAAAAGAUAGAGGAUUGCUGGAAUCUUAUGGAGUCAAGUUGAUAUACAAGGUCCAAAAGUUAGAAGACGACAAGGGUCUUGAGCUUCUAAGUUUGAAUGCCUUCGGAAGAAAAGAACCUCCAGUUGAUUAUUUGAGCCUCGCACGACAUGCAAUAGCCUAUGCUCAAGGCCUUCCAUUAGCUCUUAAUCUUAUAGGUUCUCAUUUGCGUAAUAAAAGUAUAGAUCGUUGGCAAGCUAUAUUGGAUAGUUACGAUUCUUACGAAGGAGAACCUUAUAGAGGUAUUCAAAGAAUACUUCGAAAAAGUUAUGAUGCCUGGGAUUAUGUAGUGCAACAAGUUUUCCUAGACAUUGCAUGUUUCUUCAAGGGUGAAGAUAAAGACUAUGUGUUAGAAAUAUUAAGAAGUUCGAAGCUCAACGUACCUCAAGAUUGUAUGGAAGUACUUGUUGAAAAUGCCAUUAUAACUAUUGAUAAAGAUAAUAGGAUUUUGAUGCAUGACUUGCUAGAAAAAAUGGGUAAGCAUAUAGUUUAUGAAGAAUCUCCCACUGAACCAGGAAAACGUAGUAGGUUGUGGUUUCAUGAAGAUGUGUACAAUGUUCUAACUGAAAAUCGAGGAACAAAGAAAAUUAGAGGCAUUGUGGUGAAGCUGCCUGAACCAGAUGUGAUACCCUUGAAUGCAGAAAGCUUCUUGCAGAUGGUAAAUCUUGAAAUUUUUAUAAAUCGUAAUGCACGCUUUUCUGGACACGUUGAUUAUUUGUCCAACGAUUUGAGGUGGAUUGAAUUGGACGGACGUGAUUUUCAAUAUUUGGGAUUCAAUAUUCCUCAAAAGCAUACGGUUGUGUUCAAUCUGCCGUCCAAUUAUAAUCCAAAACAUCUUGUCACGUUUGAUAUUCCAAACAGUGGCAUCAGACAAUUGAAAGGGUUUAAGAAUUUGGCAAAGCUUACAUCAAUCAAUUUAAGUUAUUGCGAAUUCCUAGAAAAAAUCCCCGACUUCUUCGGAUGCCCAAACAUAAAGGACUUGAAUCUAAGUUUUUGUAGAAGUUUGGUUGAGGUUGAUGAUUCUGUUGGAUUCCUCGAUAAACUUGAAAAUUUGAAUCUUCGUGGGUGCUAUAAGCUUACGAGGUUUGCAACAAGACUUGAAUUGAGAUCCCUUCAAAAGUUUUCUCUUUGUGGCUGCACAAGGCUUGAGAAUUUCCCAGAAAUAGAGAAGGACAAGAUGGUAUCCCUAUCGUCUUUGGACAUAGGAGGAAGUGGCAUAAGAGAAUUGCCUUCCCCAAUUGCAUAUCUUACUGGGCUUCGAAGAUUGACAGCGCGUGGUUGUGAGAACCUUACAAAUAUAUCAGUACAUCAUAUUGUUGGGUUGCAGCAUCUCCAAGAUGUUGAUUUCGGUGAACGCCCAAAACUCGUGAUCGAAUCUCAGCUGCUUUCAACUAACUUAAAUGACAACGGUAUCAUAUUAGCCCUUCCAGAGCUAGAGUAUCUUUGUCUUGAUGGAUGCAAUUUAUCAGAAAGUGAUUUUCUUGUGCCUCUUGAUUGCUGGUCUACAUUAAGCAAUCUUGAUCUGUCAAGAAACAAUUUUGUUAGUCUUCCAGAUUGCAUUAGCAAAUUUCUCAACUUGCAUACACUUAGAUUGAGCGGGUGCAAGAGGCUUCGGGAAAUUCCACAAGUCCUUCCGCCAGAUCUAAUUUACUUAUAUCUGGAUGAUUGCACAUCAUUGGAGAAAAUUUCAAAACUACCCUGGAUGCUUGAGUGUCUUGACUUGACUAAUUGCUUUAGUCUAAGUGACGAUGAGAUGGAAAAGUUGGAAAACAAUUUGUUGAAUCAGGAUUCCCUUCGGCGCUUUCGACUCCAAGUUUUUUAUCCAGGCAAUGAAGUUCCAAAGUGGUUCAGCUAUACUUUUAAACAUCCAAAAUUAGUAGGAGGCAGUGAAUUUAGUUUUGAAAUUCCUCUAAAUUUACAAGUGGGGGAGAAGUUAUUAGGAUUUGCUCUAUCUUUUGUUCUUGAAAAAUCGACUUAUGGUCCUAGGUUUAACUAUAUUCUCAUCAACGGAAUAGAAAAGGUUGAACCUCCUAUAACGGAUGCGAAUUUAGACGAGCAGCAGCGGUGGCGGUUGGAAGAUAUUUGUCAAGAUGCAUUCAGAAUAGAAAGUGUUGAUCGUAAUAUAAUGAGUGCGGAACCCAUAGAGGCAACUCAUGUGUGGCUUGGGUUAGUGAAUUUGGUCGAGCAGAAGCGGCAGUGGCUGGGAGAUACUUGUCAAGUUAUAUUCUAUUUCAGUGAAAGCAUAUCGUUGAUGAUGAAUACGAUGAGUAACAACAGCGGCUUUCCUUAUCUUCGGAGCCAGCGGAUUAUCAUUCAAAACACAGGCAGAUUGAUCUCAAUGUUCCUAUUGGGUGCACAGUCUAUUGCUCUACCAAGACGAACUGCUUCCUUGUCUUUAGGAUCAACGAGUAGUCUUGAGAAGGGGCCUCGUCCAAGUGGACCCCCAGAUUAUGAUUAUAAUCAGCUACAGCAAUGGCCUUCCUUGUCUUCGGAGCUAGCGGAUGAUUAUACAAAGCGAAGGCAUAUUGAUCUCAAUGUUCCUGUUGAGAUUGAGGAUAUGCAGGAGCAACCGUCCACUUCAAAAUCUCAGAGUGUUGGUGCAAUCCCAUUUUGUGUAUAG